AUGGCCUCAGACACCAUCCCCAUCCUCGACCUCUCCUGGGCGGACGACCCAACUCUAAAGCCCAAGCUACUACAACAACUGCAGUCCGCACUCUUCGACGUAGGAUUCCUCUACAUCAAGAACCAUGGCGUCGACUCUUCCACCAUCUCAGCUCUCACAGAUCGCUUACCCGCGCUGUUCAAUCUCCGGGAAGAAGAGCGAGCGGCAAUGAGUAAAUUGAACUCGCCGCAUUUCUUGGGCUACUCUGGUUUUGCCGAGGAGACGACGCUUGGAAAGCAGGAUUUGAGGGAGCAGUUUGAUAUGGGGACUGAAUUAUCUGUUGUUUGGCGGGAUCCGAGUCAUGUUGUUGGGCACAAUGUGGACGGGAGUGGUAAUGUAGGAAGUGAAAGGGACUUUGCGAAGAUGUACUGGCGUCUGAGAGGGCCGAACCAGUGGCCUUCGGAGGAGUCAGUCGCAGGGUUUCGAGAGGCCUUCACUGCGUACCAUGAUGCUGUGCAGGAUCUGUCGUAUCGAUUCGUCCAUCUAAUCGAGGAGGCAUUUGGUAUACCAGUGGGGACUUUCGACCACUUCUUCGGCCGCGACCUGCUGCCAUCAAAAGACCCGUCCACCAACGGCACCUCGAACAGCCCUCAAGCUCACACCUUCCUCCCACCCCAACACCGCAUCAAACUCCUCAAAUACCCACCUUCACCCGCCACUCCGGAAAGCAAGCAAGGCGUCGGCGCCCACAAAGACAGUUCCGGCUGGCUCACCUUCCUCUACCAAGUCAGCUCCCUGCCAGGCCUUGAAGUCCUCUCGAGCAGCAACACAUGGAUCCCUGCACAUCCAAUUCCGGACACCUUCGUCGUCAACUUCGGGAACGCCUUCGAAGCUGCUACUGAAGGUGCUGUAAAAGCGACCACCCACCGCGUGAUUGCGCCCGGUCCGGAUGCGGAAACGAGGUACUCUGUACCAUUCUUCCAGGGGCUGCCGUUGGACAUGACGGUCAGUGAGGUGAGAGGAUACAUCCCAGAGCAUGUGAGGAGGAUGAGAGGGAGCGUGAGUGGGGUAGAGAGUGAAGCGCAGAGUUUUCUCGAUUCAAGAUGGGAUAGCUUAGGGGAGAGCCAGUUGAGGAAAUGGGUAAGGAGUCAUAGAGAUGUUGCGGAGAAGUGGUAUGGGAGGGAAGUGUUGGAGUAUUACACUUCUUGA